GAUUGUCAUUCGAAACAUCACAUUGAAAGCUCUCUGUUCUCGAAUCUUCCAAAUUUCUCUGAGAGUUUGUGGUGUUGCAGUUUUGUGACGCUGAUUUUUCAGUCAUUCACAAAUCCCACUGUGUCCAGCAUCUCGGCAAUCGAAGCUGUGUUUCUUGGAUUACCGGAAAAGUGUGUUUGGAUAUUGCAAGAAGUGGCGAAAACCCAAGUGAGAGAAGAUGUCUGUGAUCGGUAUCGAUUUGGGGAAUGAGUCGUGUUAUGUGGCUGCCGCAAAGGCCGGUGGUAUUGAGACUCUGGCCAAUGAUUACAGUUUGAGGGCUACUCCUUCAUGUGUCGCUUUUGCUGGUAAAAAACGAAUACUGGGAGUAGCUGCGAAGAAUCAGAUGGUGACGAAUCUGAAGAAUACCAUUUUUGGAUUCAAGAGGCUCUUGGGACGCAAGUUCAAUGAUCCCCAUGUCCAGAAUGAACUGAAAAAAUUGCCUUUCCGCGUCGAACCGUUCCAGAACAAUCUCAUUGGCAUACGUGUUAACUAUUUGGAUAAGGAACAUGUUUUCACGCCGGAACAAAUCCUGGCGAUGCUCUUUACCAAACUCAAAGAAACAUCAACGAGUGCCCUCGGUGGUGCUCAGGUGAAUGAUUGUGUCAUUGCUGUUCCUUGGUAUUUCACAAAUGCCGAACGAAAAGCCCUUCAGGAUGCUGCAGCUAUUGCUGGAUUGAAUGUUCUGCGUCUGCUGAAUGAGACAACAGCCACGGCACUUUCAUAUGGUUUCUACAAGCAAGAUCUACCGGCACCUGAGGAGAAAUCUCGAUUUGUGGCAUUUGUAGAUUGUGGCCAUGCAUCACUCCAAGUGUCCAUUUGCGCCUUCAAUAAAGGCAAAUUGCGAAUGGUAACGAGUGCAUGUGAGCAGUAUGGAGGACGGGAUUUCGAUGAAAUCCUGGCCAAUUACUUCAGUGAUGAAUUUGUGGCUAAAUACAAAAUCGAUCCACGAUCAAAUGCAAGGGCAUACUUGAGACUUCUCACGGAAGUUGAGAAGAUCAAGAAGCAAAUGUCUGCAAAUAGCACAGUUUUGCCGUUCAACAUUGAGUGCUUUAUGAAUGACAUUGAUGUGUCAUCGAAAUUGCAAAGAUCGAAAUUUGAGGAAUUAUCUGGACAUCUUCUGAAGCGCAUUGAAGAGACUAUGAGAAAAUGUCUCAAGGAUUCAAAACUCUCUCUGGAUGAGAUUCAUUCUGUUGAAAUUGUGGGCGGAAGCACACGUAUUCCGGCAAUUAAAGCAGCAAUUGAGAGAGUAUUUGGCAAGCAGGCCAGUACGACUCUGAAUCAAGAUGAGGCCGUAUCGCGUGGUGCUGCACUUCAGUGUGCAAUUAUGUCGCCAGCUGUCCGUGUGCGUGACUUUAAGGUGCAGGACAUUCAGAAUUAUCCAGUUCACGUGAGUUGGGACGGUGAUCCGAGUGUUGAGAAUCGAAUGGAAGUAUUUCCAGCACUUCAUGCUGCACCAUUUAGUCGCAUGUUGACCCUCUACCGUCGCGACCCAUUUGCCAUGGAGAUUUUCUAUGGUGAUGUUGUACCGUAUCCGGAUCCACAUAUUGGACGUUGGGUGAUUCGUGACAUCAAGCCAAACAGUGCUGGGGAGUCACAGGAGGUCAAAGUGAAAAUCCGUAUUAAUCAGAAUGGCAUUAUAACCAUUGCGAGUGCAUCGUUGACGGAGAAGAAGGAUCAAAAUGACACCAAUGAGGCAAAUGCUCCUGAAGUCAGUGAAGGAGGACAGCAGGAGCAGAAGCAACAGACUGCGCAGCAACAACAGGAAGAAAUGGAUGUUACACCUGAGGAUUGCAGUGACAAUGAGGAUGAGAAGUAUGAUGGAAAAGACAUAAAAUCGCCAUCGGCAUCAGGACCAGGGUGGGCGCAGCGGGUAAAAGGAUGGUUUACCUCGGAUAACAGUGGCGAUGCUAAGAAAGAAAAGAAGAAGUCAGGUGUAAAAAUAAUUGAAUUACCAAUUGAUGUGCAGACUCAUGGAUUUUCAUCAACUGAACUGGGCAGUUACAUUGAACAAGAGAGCAAAAUGAUCUUCAAUGAUGUCGAUGAGAAGGAGAGGGUAGAUGCUAGAAAUGCUCUGGAAGAGUAUGUCUACGAAAUGAGAGAUAAAUUGCAGGAAGAUGGUCCACUAAGUAAUUAUGUUGCAUCGAGUGAUCGUGAGAAUUUGGUAAAUCAAUUGAAUAAUUUGGAGAAUUGGCUGUAUGAAGAGGGUGAAGAUUGUCCCAAGGAUGUCUAUCGCAAUAAAUUGACAUAUUUGCGUGAGCACAUUGAUCCAAUUAAGAGUCGCUGUGCGGAAUAUGAGGCAAAUCCAGGGGCACUAAAUGAGCUUGGGCAUGCUAUACAGUUGGCUCAUAAAGUUAUCAAUGAGUAUCGCAGUGGUGAUGCAAAGUAUGAGCAUUUACUGGAGACGGAUAUGCUGAAUAUCAGUGAAACGGCUGAUAAAACACUGAAAUGGCUGGAGGAUACACGAGCAAAAUUGGUUGCUACGCCCAAAACUAAGGAUCCACCUGUGAAAAUUGUCGAUAUUCAGCAUGAAUAUCAAACACUUACCACAUGUGUGAAUUCUGUACUUAGUCGACCUAAGCCGAAGCCACCUACGCCACAGCAGCCGCCGCAGCAGAAUAAUGGGGCGACGGAGGGUGGUCAGGCGAAUCAUGAUCAACAGCAGCAAAAUCACAGUGAGGACAAGAGCGGAAGUCAACAGCAGCAACAAUCGCAACAGCCAAAACAUGCCAACGAGGACACAAUGGACAUAGAUUAAAUUCAACAAUAUUUACGUAUGUAAACUUUAAUUUGCUGAACAUGUCUAAAUUAAUUCAAAUAAUUUUUUUUUGAUUGAUAUGAUUGAUUGAUGAGAGUAGCUGAUUUAUGCGGAAUUGACUAUAAUUAUUAUUAUUAUAAAAUUCUAAUUGUUUGGAAUUAUAUACUGAACAUUGCAGAAAUAUAAUACCCCAGCACAGAAUCAAGAAUUUCAACAGUUUCGCUUCGAAAAUGUUUUAUUGAAGAUUCGAUCACAAAAGAAAAAGAAUACUGCCCCAUUGUACCUUAGAACAGAAAGUUAAGUCCGUUUAUAGUUUGCAUAGAUUCAAAAA